UUGCGAGCGAAUAUCGACGCGUUGCGCGAAGAGUUGGAAGAGUCGAGAUGGGCGCGCGAGGCGCUGGAGACGCGCGUGCAGGAGGCGGAGAAGAUCGCCGCCGAGGCGCGCUCGAAGACAAUCGAGAGCGCGUUGGAUCCGCAAAACCAGUUGACGAACGAGCAAGUGGCCGCGCUCAGGGCGGAGAUCGAACAAGUGGAGUAUUUGAAACGUUUACUCGCGCGCGCGGAGCAGAUGCGUAACGUCGCGCGCGCGGAGACGAAACAGGCGCGCGACAAACACGAGAGCGAUUUGGAAAUCGUUCGCAAGGAAGUCGCCGUCAUGGACGCCGAGAUGGAAAAUUUACGGCGGCGCGUGAAAAAGGACAAAGCGAAAAUUGAGGCGAUGGAACGCACGACCAUCGAGGCCGCGGAUGAAUUCGCGACGCUGUACUCGCGACAAGAGAACACCAGACGUCUCCUCGGCGCGUGCAUCGUCGCCAUCCUCGCCCUCGUCGUGCGCCUCGGUCUAUCGGGGCAAACUUUCAUGAUGAAAAACAUGUAUCAGUACUGA